AUGCAGGAGACACCAAACAGGGACUCAGCCCCCGAACCGAGUUUGAAAAAGAUGAAAACAUCAGAAUAUUCACCAGUAUUAGUGUUGUGCUACAGGAAGACUAAGAAAAUACAUUCAAAUCAACAGGAGAAUGACCAGUCCCGAGAGAACUCCAUCAAUCCAGUCCAAGAGGAGGUGGAUGAAGGCCUAGACUCUGCUGAAGGAUCUUCAAAGCAGGAUGAAGACCUAGACUUACCUGAAGGAUCUUCCCAGGAGGAUGAAGACCUAGGGUUAUCUGAAGGAUCCUCACAAAAGGAUAAAGACCUAGACUCAGCUGAAGGAUCUUCACAAGAAGACGAAGACCCAGACACAUCUGAAGGAUCUUCAGAGGAGGGUGAGGAGGACUAG